AUGAAUGAUUACGCUUUGCGGAAGCUGAAACAUGCUUUCAUUAGUUAUGAUGAACACGGUUGCGCUAUAUGUUCACAUUCGAACAUAAACUUGCAUAUACAUAUACCCGUUCAGCAAGCAUUCUUCGUACUGCAAUUCCGUGCUCCAGAGAAUAAUUACCUGAUACUUAUUGUCGAUGCUCCUGAUGCGAGCACUAAUUUAGUGGGCAAGUUUACGCAGAGCGUUCGCCGGAUCGUGCAAGAUGUCAAAGAUGAAGGAACGUCUAGCGGUCAGACAAAAGAGGAGGUGAUAGAAACGAACGAGCGCCUUCGGGGAGUGAGGGUGCGCCUUGACGAGAAUUAUGACACAGCUAAGAAAGCUCUAGUCACGCUCAUGGAGCGCUAUAGCGAUUCCAAGACUCAGCGGAACGUCUUCACUAGAUAUGCCAUGCUGAAAGCGAUGAUUAAGGUACGUGUAAUAUAA